GGGGAGUGAGUGAGCAGAGAGCAACAGUGAAAGGCACAGAAGGCAGUCCCUGGAGACCUGGGAGGGAGGCGGGAAUUAGGCUGAAGGGUCAAAUCCAGCCAGCAGUCUUGAGAUCUGAGCAGACCACAGGAGGCGCCACCAGGACAUCUCUGCAGCGCUUGGUGGUCAGGGAGGAGCAAGCAUCAAUCUCCGCUGUGGGUCUCAGCCACCGCUGCAUCAGCCUGCACGUCUCUGUCCUCAGGCGCUCAGGCUUCUUAGCCUUCGCCUGCGCUGUCAGCUUUUCUCUGCCCGCGGUCAACCAUGGAUGUCAACUCCCUGCUUUCUGUGCAAAGCCAUGUGGGUAGUUGAACCAAACUGUGCUACCUGCCUUUCUGCUGCCCUGCCGGUCAAGAGACACUGCCAAGAAUCCAGCAACGUGGAGUCACCACUGAUGCAUGAAGGUUCAGAGCCACAGCAGAUCACCAGCAGUACAGCAGGCAACCUGGCUGGCUCCAUCACAGCCUGUAAAAAGGUUCUUCGAAGCAAUAGCUUGCUGGAGUCCACAGACUACUGGUUGCAGAACCAGAGGACACCUUGCCAGAUUGGGUUUGUGGAAGACGAGUCUGAAAAUUGUGCUUCGGUCUGCUUUGUGAACCUGGAUGUCAACAAAGAUGCCUGCAGCACAGAAAACCUGCAACAGAAACUGGUCAACGUUUCACCAGACCUUCCAAAACUCAUCAACUCCAUGAAUGUCCAACAGCCAAAAGAAAAUGAAAUUGUCCUCCUAAGUGGAUUAGCCUCUGGAAAUCUCCAGGCAGAUUUUGAUGUUUCACAGUGCCCUUGGCUACCAGAUAUCUGCUUGGUCCAAUGUGCAAGAGGGAACAGACCAAACAGUACCAACUGCAUCAUCUUUGAGAUCAACAAGUUCUUAAUAGGUCUGGAAGUGGUGCAGGAGCGUCAGCUCCACCUGGAGACCAACGUGUUGAAGUUGGAGGAUGAUACAAACUGCUCCCUGUCUUCAAUUGAAGAAGAUUUCCUUACAGCCUCCGAGCAUUUGGAGGAAGAAGCUGAGGUGGAAGACUACAGAAGUGGUUUGGAAACUAUAAACGCAUCAGCUAAUGCUUUGGAAAGUAAAAAGGCAAAGGAAGCUACCCAGGAAGGAUGGGAUUACCACAAGGAAAAGGUGCAUUAUGCUUUAGGAGAAAGACACAUUAGAAAACAUCGUAUGCACUCAACCAAAACAGAAGGGUCAAAGGAAAACACGGCAGAGAAAACAGCCUUGCAAAGUCUCGAUCCUUCGGACAGGCCAUCACACUUGAAAAGUGAAGUGGCAGGGAACAAGAAGCCAGCCACAAACUACUCCUACCCAGAAAAUAUCAAAGGGGAAAUAGAAACAUCUCAGAUGUUGUUCAUCCCUAGGGACGCUUAUCUCUCCAUGGUUAAGAAAGACAUACUUUCUUCAUGUGACGCACUCACUGACCAGGGAAGCAACCACAGAGACCUUGAUACUACUCCAAACUCUCUUCCUCCCAUCCAGAAUGGAGAAGCCACCACGGGAGAAUACGCUACAAACUUAGCAGAAUCUGUAAUGCAAGAUGCCUUCAUCCGGUUGUCUCAGUCGCAACCGACGCUCCCCCAGGAAUCUGCAGUCAGUUUCUCUAUGGGAAGUGCUCUGCUUCCCAGUGGCUGCUGCACAAAAGAUAUGGUGGUCCCUCGCUCGUGGAAUGAGCUUCCCAAAAUUGUCAUUGUGCAGAGCCCAGAUGGCAGUGACACAGCCCUCGAGCCAAGUGUCUCCUCCUGGCCCGACAUGGAAGUGUCUGUUGAAACCUCGGGCAUCUUUUCUGCAGAGAGUUCCAGCAGACCCACUCAGAGUGCCCUGGAAGUUGCAUUGGCUUGUGCAGCCACUGUAAUUGGAACCAUUUCCAGUCCUCAAGCCACAGAAAGAUUCACCACAGAGCAAGAAUCUCUGGUAUCUACUUAUGCCCAGAGAGGCAGUGGCGUCCAGCAAACUCAAGUGCCCCAAGUAUUCAUGGGACCUUCUACAACUGAAUACUCCUUCCCAUCAGCUCUCUGUGGCAUGACACAAGUGGCAAGUGCCGUUGCUGUCUGCGGCCUAGGCGAAAAAGAAGAGGCGACAUGUUCUUUAGCUCCAAGUGACCUCUUGCCCACAUCUGGGGCUUCUGAAGAAUUAUCUUCUAUUGGAAGUUUAGUGACAGAGAGGAGCACAGAACUAGGGAAGGAAGCCAUUGCAGAUGCUCUGCUCAGGGAGGCUACUCUGGUUUUAGCAAGGCCGGAUGCAUACAGCAGCAUUGGAGAGCUCUUGGAAUCUGUGAACCGGAGAAUCAUAGAAACCACUUCUAAAACCCAGACCCUGUGCACAGAAAACGUUCGAAGGGAUGAACUGGCACACACCUUGUCCAAUGUCAUCCUCAAGCAUUCCAUUGAUGAACUUCACCAGAAGAAUAUAAUGGCUCAUCCCACUGACGAAAGGCAUCCCUGUGGAACUCUGAACACCUUAAUGGAAAGUGUGAACCAGCUGCUGCACAACGUGAUCUGCUUCACAUUCAAAAAGAUGAAUCACAUUGUAACACUCGGUGAGCAUCCCACCAGCCUUUCUAAGGAGACAGUCAGUUGGACAGACUCAGAGCUCUUAGGUUACCAGUCAUUUGAUCAGGCUGCUGGUCAAGCGUGGGUAAAAGCCUCAGCAUGCUCCAGCAGCCAUCCUCUUAGCAAUGCACAAGUCACUGGCCUUGUCAUCAGGGAUCUGGAAGAAGAUGCAUCCUCUAAGCCAAACAAGGGUGAAGCAAGACCAGAACUGGUCAACCACCCCAGGCUGCAAUCUGAAUUCUCAUGCAGUCACAGAAUGCUUGACUCAACUGCUAAGACAUUCCCCAAGGACAUAUAUCUGAAAGGGAUUGUGGGAGAGAAUACAAAGAACCCUCAUCAUAUGCUAAGUUAUGACAGCAACGAACAAAAAGCAUCUACAGAAAUAGGAAAAUUGACAACAGUAGGUGAGGGUUGUAGCGGCUUCCAGAAAACUAAAGGCAGCAUUGUUCCAAGCUCCCAAGAGAAAUAUACUUGUGCCACACCCAUAAACAAUGAAGCACAAGUUAACCUAUCCUUCUUAGGGGAUGACAUGGAGGUUCCUGCUCAAUCUACCCUAGAGGCAAAGCGGUCCGAAGUCUACGGCAUCACAGACUUUGCUGAAGAACUGGCAGAGACUGUUGUCUCCAUGGCAACCGAAAUUGCAGCAAUCUGCCUUGACAAUUCCAAUGGAAAACAGCCGUGGUUUUGUGCUUGGAAAAGAGGGAACGAGUUUUUGAUGACGCCUAACGGAUCCUGCCGAUCCUUGAAGAGGAAGAAGGAAAACUCGGGUGCUGGAAGCACUGUGAGGAAACACAAGCCACCUCGCCUCAGUGAGAUCAAGAGGAAAGCCGAUGAGCACCCAGAGCUGAAAGAGAAGCUGAUGAACAGAGUCAUGGAUGAGUCCAUGAACCUCGAAGACAUUCCUGAUUCCGUCAGCACUUUUGCAAAUGAAGUGGCAGCCAAGAUCAUGAACCUCACAGAGUUCUCCAUGGUGGAUGGAGUGUGGCAAGCCCAGAGCUGUUCCCGGAAUCGGCCUCUGGGUGGCGAUAGGUGGAACAGGCUGAAGGCCUCGAGCUGUGAAAGUAUUCCCGAGGAGGACUCCGAAGCCAGGGUCUUUGUAAACAGCCUGGGUUUAAUGAGUACUUUAAGCCAACCAGUGAGCAGGGCCAGCUCUGUCUCCAAACAGUCCAGCUGCGAGAGCAUCACCGAUGAGUUUUCCAGGUUCAUGGUGAAACAGAUGGAAAACGAAGGGAGAGGGUUUGAGUUGCUGCUGGAUUACUACGCCAGCAAGAAUGCCAGCAGUAUCCUGAGCUCAGCAAUGCAGCAGGCAUGCCAGAAAAAUGACCACCUCAACGUGAGACCGAGCUGCCCCUCUAAGCAGUCCAGCACAGAGAGCAUAACAGAGGAGUUCUAUAGGUACAUGUUGAGGGACAUUGCCAAAGAAAGCAAAGACGGCAUCUCCUCCAGACGUAGCAGCCAUGAUUGGACCAUGGGCUUGCUGUCUCCUUCUGCACGAUCCCCUCUGUGUUACAGACAGUCAUCUAUGCCCGACAGCAGGUCCCCAUGCUCCAGAUUAACAGUAAAUGCACCUGUCAAGGCCAACUCCUUAGAUGGCUUUGCCCAAAACUGCCCUCAAGAUUCCGUAAAUGUACAGCCAGUCAGUAGGGCUGCCUCAUCCGGCCUCUGUAAAUCAGAUUCCUGCCUGUAUCGCAGAAGUGGGACUGACCAGAUCACAAACAUGCUAAUUCAUGAAACAUGGGCCAGCUCCAUCGAGGCUCUCAUGAGAAAGAACAAAAUCAUUGCUGAUGAUGACGAGGCAGCUGAUGCCAGUCCUGGUCCUGUUUCUGGAGGUUCUCCUUUGCAAGUAGAAAGGUGUGCCAACAGAUUACCCAGCAACACAGGACAGAGGGGCCCAACCCUGCUUGUACAGGAGUCUGUUGAUUACCAGAAAAAGGAUGCUGUUACUGAAGGCAAUCGUUCCCAAGUGUCAUCUCCAAGCAAAACAGCUCCUGUUAAAAACCCCAGUGGUUUUGAUCCUAGAAGAGAAACCUCUGUGUGCCAUAAUGCUGUUGAUCUCAAAAACCCCAGACGGUCACUUUGCUCAAGGGAUGUCCCUUUGAUUCAGAUAGAGAUAGAGCAGAAAGAAGAGUGUGUUGGAGAACCUGAACCCUUCCUUCCCCAAAGUGGCUCCCUAGAGGAAACAGAAGGGCACCAACCUGAAGAAACCUUCCCAGAUAUGGCUGAAAGUAAAGACACAGCCCCGAGCACCUGUCAAAGUUCUCGUGACAGCCUUGAGACCAGAGGGGAACUAGAAGUGGAGGUCUUGAAAGAAGACAUACCCCCAGAUGAGUCCCGGAACCAUCUUAGCAGCAGUGAGGAGAGUACAGGCAGCUGGUCCCAGCUGGCCAAUGAGGAGGACAACCCAGACGACACAAGUAGCUUUCUGCAGCUCAGCGAGCGGUCCAUGAGCAAUGGCAACAGUAGUGGCACUAGCAGUCUUGGCAUUAUGGACCUGGACAUUUAUCAGGAAAGCAUACCGACUUCUCCCAUGAUUAAUGAAUUAGUAGAAGAAAAGGAGAUUCUUAAAGAACAAUCAGAAAGCAUAAAGGAACAUGCCUCUGGACUGCCAAGGGGAGCAGCCAGCCCACAGAGGAGCCUACUGGUGAUCAACUUUGACCUGGAGCCAGAGUGUCCUGAUGCUGAGCUUCGAGCCACUCUACAGUGGAUAGCUGCCUCUGAACUGGGGAUCCCAACAAUCUACUUUAAGAAAUCUCAGGAAAGCAGAAUUGAAAAGUUUCUAGAUGUUGUGAAACUUGUUCAGCAGAAGUCCUGGAAGGUGGGAGAUAUAUUUCACGCGGUUGUCCAGUACUGCAAACUGCAUGCAGAGCAGAAAGAGGGGACCCCGAGUCUCUUUGACUGGCUUCUGGAACUAGGAUAAGUCAAGUGUACCCUUCAAAGAAUUUCCUUCCUCUAUCCCAGCUUAAGUCACAGUGGUUUGCGCUAAAUGCUCUAAAACUUUCUCAAUACGCAGCAUCCCAUUAGCAGAAUUAUUUAAAAAUCUGCUCCAGUACCAUGUACAAGGACUGAAUCUGAGAGACUGUGAUAUAUAGAUCUGUACUAAUCAAUAUCACCGUGGGCAUGUCCAAAAGGGAUUAUAUGAAAAUGGUUUCAAAAAGACAUACUUAAGUGAGGCUCAAAUAGGAAAGUUUGUAACAGUCCUAGCCUCCAGGAAAGCUACACUCACAUAUACAUCACAAUAGAGAGUGAGCUAUAACACCUCCAGCUGUAUGAACCAAAUAGAAACAAAGUCAUUGGGUCACAGUAAUUCUAUAAAUUAUGCUAACACCUUCAUUGCACUUUGCUUAGUGGAUACAGGGGUUGUCCACCUAAAAAGUACUUAGGAAAUAGUAAGUUUCCAUGCCUUUUUGUGAAGGAGUUCCACUCUCAGACCAGAAUCGAUGGAUAUUAACACACAUGUAACAAUGUUAUCAAAAUCCAUGUGAGGUGAUUCCAUUUAUUUUGCAGAAGUUGAUAAGUAUUGCAUCCCCCGCGAAAGUCCCUGAGCUCCUCAGGAAACUAAUGUCAUUCAGUGGACAAAGGGAAGCCCAAGGUUUCCUUUUUUCCAUUGCUUACUUGGGUAAAAUUAUUAAGGGGUUCUUGCCUAAAGGCAAGCUUUUAAACAUAAACAGUAAAAUAAAUAAUAGCCUCUAGAGGGAAAAAAUAUGCUUGUGCAUUGAAUUAUAUAAGAAAAAAUCAUUUGUUUUAUUGUAAAUUAUGCAAAGAUUGUCUAAAUAAUAUAAUGAUUUGUUUUAGAGCUUCAUAAACUAUGAAGAGAUUGUUGUCUUUUAGAGUGUCAUGAGCCAUUGGUGGUUGACUGUACCAUGAACGUGUUGACAUCUGUAUAGUGGACAUGUUUCUCCAAAGAUAUUUAUUUAUAAUGCUGGAUUCAGGGUAAUAGCUUUGUGCUUGAAAAGGCCAGCUAGGGAUGCAGACUUUCUGGCUGGAUGAUAUUGACACUAAAUUAGACAAAUAGAAGCCUUUAACACAUUUUUUUUAAUUUAUAGCAGAGAUAUACUCUUUUGAAAACUCAGAGCAUCUAUAUGACACUAAAAGUCUUCAUUCCCUUUCAACUAACUAUGCUACAUUUGCUUUUAUUUUCUCAUCUCAAUCAGAAAGAUGUUUAGUAUGUCUCUUCUGAAAUACUAUGCUGUUACUCUAUUUUUAAAGCUUAUAGAAUAACUUUAAAUGUGAACCAGGCCCCACACCAUCAAUGUCAAUCUUGCUGAGCUAUCAAUCACAUCCUAAUACUAUAAAAGAGCUUCCUGGCAAGCCAUAAUUUCCUUGCCCCAUGACAGAAAUCUUUUUCAGACCUCAGUGGGCAUUCAUCAUGCAGAUGGUCCAGAUUUAGGUGUAUGUUCAACCUGAUGAAUCACCCGGGCUUUGAAAUCUACCCAUCAUCUCAAAUGAAACUGUGUGUGCUUCUUUGUGCUAAUACAUGGGGAAAAAAGAUUUUUAUUGUUUUGACAAUCCUAGAAUAUUGUGUGUAAACUCUUGUUGUGCUCGAAUCAAUGUUUACUUAUCCUCCAAAGCACAAGUACUGGAUGUAAACAUGUGUUGUACCUAAUGUUGCAAACUAAUCAAUAAAUUUCUGUGGCA